AUGCUUCUCUUUUCAACUUUCUCGCAAACGCUCUUAUACGCAUUCUUUUUCUUCUUCUUUAUCUCUUUUUCAUUCUCUCAAGAUCAACCUCCCAUUGACCCACUUGAACAGAAAGCUCUCUAUGCUGUUCUCAACUCCCUCAACCCAACCAUUCCAUGGACCACUGACUACCCCGACGAUCUCUGUCUCUCCGCCCCACACGGCGUCGUUUGCGACUACAACCCUUCUAACCAACAACAAAAAGCGCACAUUGUUGAACUCAACUUCGGUUACGUUUCCGAUGAAACACCUAACCCGCCUUGCUCCCCUAACGCCACUCUCAACCCUCUUCUCUUCACCUCUUUCCCCUAUCUUCAGAAACUCUUCUUCUACAAAUGCUUCAACAACACACGUAACCCACUUCACUUAACAUCUCUUCCUUCUCUCCCUCCAUCUCUCCAAGAACUAGUCUUCAUCCAAAACCCUUCCAUUGUUUCUCCGAUUGAACCUUUUCUCCGCAACCUCACCUCUCUUAGGAGACUCGUCUUGAUCGGAAACGCCUUCCACGGCGAAUUUCCCUUCAACAUCGGCGAUUAUACAAACCUGGAAGAGCUAACUCUUUCUAGAAACAAUCUCUCCGGCAUGAUUCCACCGAGUUUGGGAAUGCUGAAGAAACUCAAGAUUCUCGACCUUAGUCAGAACGGGUUCACAGGUUGUGUUCCCGAACAACUUGGGAAUCUCACCUCGCUUUUGAAGCUUGAUUUAAGCUACAACGGGUUUGGUUGUAAGAUCCCAGAGAGUUUUAUCCACUUGCAAAACAUGAAGUUUUUGGAUCUAAGUUUCAACCUUUUUGGUAAUUUCGGGGUCCCUUUGUUCUUAGGAGAAACAACUAGUUUAAAGGAAGUUUAUUUAAGUGGAAAUUUACUCUCUGGUAAAAUUCCAGAAAUAUGGGAAAAGCUUGGCGGUGUUGAAAAAAUAGGAUUUUCUAAAAUGGGUUUGUUAGGUAAAAUCCCAGUUUCAAUGGGGAUUUACUUGAAAAAUUUGUCUUAUCUUGGACUUGAUAACAACCAACUUGAUGGGUCUGUUCCUGAAGAAUUUGGGCUUUUGGAGUUUGCUAAUGAGAUAAACUUGGAGAACAACAAUUUGAGUGGUAGAAUCUCUUUGCCAAGUAGAGUUGAACAGAAGUUAAAGUUGGCAGGAAACAUAGGGCUGUGUUUGGGAAACAAUGCAAGCUGUUCUUCUCAAAAUGGUGAAAGUUUGGGUCAACUUAAUCCCUACAAAAUAACAGAUAUUCUUGAUCAUGAUGAUGUACUUUUUAAUGGGGAUUCUUUGCUGCAUUUUGAUUCUCUUAUGUUGUUGGUUUUGGUUUCUGUGGGGUGGUUUUUAAUCUUAGAUGGGUGA